AUUAGAGUCUAAUUUAGGUGGAGAAAUGAUGAAAAUUAAUAGAUUUAUUUUAUAUGUAAUUUUAUUUUCUAGUAUUUUGUCAUUUAGUACUAAUAAUUUAGUACAAGCAGAAUUCAAUAAUUUAAUCCCUUGUAAAGAAUCAAAGAUAUUUAAUAAACGUUUAGAGUCAACAAUAAAAAAAUUAGAAAAUAAGCUAAGUAAAUAUGAAGUAGGCAGUAGUUCUUAUUUAGCAAUAAAAAAUACAAUUAAUAAAACUAAUAAUAGAUUUCAUAAAUAUAUGGAAUCAGGGGUAUUAUGCGGCAAAGAUGGGCUUCCACAUUUAAUAGCUGAUGGAAGAUGGAGUCAUGCUGGAGAAUUUGUUAUACCAAGUUUACUUUUUAUAUAUAUAAGUGGAUGGAUUGGUUGGGUUGGUAGAGGAUAUUUAUCUGCUAUAAAAAAUACGAACAAAGCUAUAGAAAAUGAAAUUAUAAUCGAUGUACCGUUAGCCCUUAAAUUUAUGAGUUCUGGAUUUAUUUGGCCAUUGUCCGCUCUCAGAGAAUAUACUAAGGGAGACCUAUUAAUGAAGGAUAGUGAAGUUACAAUUUCUCCUAGAUGAAUACAAGAACAAUAAAAAUAGUAAUAAAUAAAAUAGUGAUAAAUAAAUAUGAAUAAAGAUUUACUUAAGUAU